AGCGAGAGCCUUCACUGGUUCCGCGUUCGUUGAGUUGUGAGUAAUCUGUUUUCUUUUAGUGCGUGGUAUCAGAAAGGUUGUGGUGUUUGUGCUUUCGGGAUUGUUUGGAACGCAGAAAGUCUUCCGAGCUUUCUAUAAUGCCCGAGCCGGCUAAGUCUGCUCCUGCCCCCAAAAAGGGGUCAAAAAAGGCGGUGACGAAGACUCAGAAAAAGGGGGAUAAGAAACGACGCAAAAGCAGGAAGGAGAGCUAUUCCAUCUACGUCUACAAGGUGCUAAAGCAGGUGCACCCCGACACUGGCAUUUCCUCCAAGGCAAUGGGAAUCAUGAACUCCUUUGUGAAUGAUAUCUUUGAGCGCAUCGCCGGGGAGGCUUCCCGCUUGGCACACUACAACAAGCGCUCCACCAUCACUUCCCGGGAGAUCCAGACUGCUGUGCGCCUCUUGCUGCCUGGGGAACUGGCCAAGCACGCCGUGUCAGAGGGCACCAAGGCUGUCACCAAGUACACCAGCUCCAAGUAAACAGCUCACGAUGCUUCACCAACAACCUAACGGCUCUUUUUAGAGCCACCCAAUUUCUCCUAAGAGAGCUUUAGUCAUUUAAUUUGCUCCAUGAGUUACUCCAUCGGUUUCUGUAACUUGUCACUGAUACUUUGUAGUUCAUGUUUCUUUGUAAUAAACGCUUCUGUCACA